AUGAGUGUUGUAUCAGGCAAGCACGCAGGCAAGCCUGCUAGCGUUAUAAGCUCGCAUCAAAGUGGAGUAGCUGCAGCGAAAUUCGACAAUGUCAGUAAACAAGCCAAUAAGUCCUCCGUGAAUGGCUCAAAGACUGUUCCAUUUAAUGCUGUCACCAUUCCAAGUUCUGUGGGCAAAGGAAGGGUUCUUGGGGAUCAAGAAAUUACUGAAGAGGAAAUGGAACACUUGGCUGAUGUGUGUCGGCGAUAUGAAAUGCUGCAGUGCCAGGAGGAUGAGCGCAUAAAAAACAUCCGAGAUAAAGCUAUAUCGAAGGAGAAAGCUCGUCGGGGAAAUACUCGGUAUGAUGAAGAUCACUGUGCCCUUUGUGGAGCAGCUUUUAUGGCGCUUUUUAAUCCAAAAUCAGCGUGCAGUCACUGUGAAUUGUAUGUUUGCCGCAACUGCGUUCAGAAGAAAUUGGAUCCUGGUGGCAUUAUUUGCAAAGUCUGUUUUAGCGAGUGCACAAAUAAAGCGCGCACUGGUCUCUGGUUUACAGAAAAACUACAAACGGCGAAGAAGGACGGCCGCGUCAUAGCAAUGGCUCCAACCAGCGCUCUUCGGGCCUCCCUCAAUCGCAAACGAAGAGGUAAUAGAUCUCUUUUUAACUAUCUUAUCAUCCUCACCUCGUCACUGUCAAAUGAAUAUCUGUCAAGUCAUCCCGCUGAAAAGAGCAUGCUUUGA